AUGCUAGAGGAGGAUGAAUUACGUGAUGCUGCAUUACUAGUGUUUGCCAACAAACAAGAUAUGGUUGGCGCGAUGUCCUCCGCUGAAGUUUCAGAUGCUCUAGGCUUAGGAACGUUAAAAAAUCGACAAUGGAGCAUUUACAAAACAAGUGCGGUAAAAGGGGAUGGUCUAACGGAGGGUCUAGAUUGGCUGGUAAACAUUAUUCAGGGCAGUAAACAAUGA